AUGGACACUGACUUUGACAGUGCCAAUGCCCUCGACCUCAAGCCUCGCUCUAGCGUAGGCGUGGGUCCCGGUGAUUCGUGCUUCCUCCCAACGUCAACGAUUCAGCCAAACGGCUGCCACAGCCUUGUCGUCUCCAAUACCCCCAAGACAGCCUCACUCGCCCUCAAUUCCUCGCUUCUUCCCCAGCUCGUCUGGCCCCCCGACCUCAAUCCUUUUGCGAAUCCUCGCCAGCCCUUUGAUGGUGGUUGCAUCCCCUCCUCUUGCCCGCCCGUCUCUCAACCGAGUGCGCCAGGUGCUGCCGGUGGUCUCAUCCUCGACGUUAGUACCGGCGCGCUCUUGCCCUCGCGCGAAUCCAUUGCCUCGUCCGAGGCCAGCACCACCUCGUCGCACCACUUCAGCCUCGGGCCUUGCUUCAGCGCGAGGGGCUCCGAGAGCUCUGCGCUGACCUCGCCCGCCUCUGCUGGCAGCGCCAUCUCCCCAAGCUCCGGCGCACGACGCAGAAGCCAAAAGAAGCCGUCCACCAUGUCUGCCCGGGCGCCGGCGAAGCGGUCCGUCGAGCGCGGGGAAAGCAGCGGCGACGACAGCCCUGCGACAUCUGUGACAGGCAGCCAGAACGGCGCCAAAUCAAAGGUCCCUCGCGUAGAGCGCGGUGCAGAAGACUUCUCGUCUGUCGUCAAGAAUCGCCUGCAGUCUUAUACACGCACUGGUCAGGCCUGCGACCGAUGCAAGGUACGAAAGAUUCGCUGCGAUGCUCUUCCCGAAGGCUGCUCUCACUGCAUUAAUUUAAAUCUCGACUGCUUCGUCACUGACAGAGUUUCUGGACGCACCGAACGCCGUGGCUACAUGCAAGAGCUCGAACGAGAUAAAAAUGGCAUGGUAUCACACAUUCGGCAGCUAGAAAAACUCUUGCUGGAGAAUGGAGUCCAAGUGCGACCCUGGUAUGAAGAAAAGUCUACCCCCGAUGCCGCCGACACCUCCGAGCCGCCUUUCAAAGAUUCUCCGUCGUCUGAAUGGGCGCAGGUUGGGUCUUUAUGGGUCAAAAACUUUACAAAAAAGCCGUCUUAUUCUCCACGAUUUCCGCGCAGCAAGCUCGAGUCUCGGUCGGAGUCUAAAGGGACAGUCGCGGGGCGCACCGUUGCACCACUAAAUUCGAUGCGCGGCACCAAACUCACUUUUCUCGGCACUACGAUUGAUACCAGCUCCUUCCCUAGUCCCGAUGUUGAUGAGCCUGAAGAUCCCACCGAUACCACGCCACUUUAUAACAAAUCUUCUCAUGCCUUUCUUCAAACCACAGCCGGCGUUAAUCCUCCUGUGCAGGUCGAACUUCCGUCCCGGCAAGAAGCCUUCAUGUACGCUGAAUGGUAUUUCAUGACAAUGGGGGCCUUUAUCCCUGUCCUGCAUAAGCCGACGUUCAUGACAUUGCUUGCGCGCAUGUAUGAUGAACCCGACUUUCAACCCACUGCCGCGCAAUUGGCACAAGUGCAUAUGGUCUUUGCCACGAUCCUCUUCCAGUACGGCGUGCGAAAUUGGCAGCAAGCAGAUCAGUGCUACCAUCUCAACAACCUUUCCAACAAGCACUUUCACUUUGCCGUCUCCAAGUGGCACCUGCUGCUGUUAUCAAGAGAUCUUGAAGCCGUGCAAGCUUUAGCUCUGAUGGCAGCUCACGUUCGACAGUUCCCUAAGUUGGGCUGCGGAUCGUUUGUUGCGCAUGCAGUGCUGCAGCGGGCUAUUGACUUUAAUUUGCAUCGAAAUCUUCAGCCAGAAGGCGAAAAGACCAAUCUCACCAACGAGAUACGCAAAAGACUGUGGUGGAGCAUUCUCAUGACCGUUGUCUCCAUUACUGGCCGUCGAGGAUAUCCUGUUCCCAUUGCUGUUGAAGAAAUUGAUGCCGAGUUUCCUGAGCCGAUCGCAGAUGAGCUGCUUACCGAAGAAGGCGUUGACACAACACGAACUCUCCCCUGUCCAUUCGAGGCUGCUAUCGCGGGCUUCAAAAUCACGCCGAUUUUCAUGGAAGUAUUUUCGAAUAUCCACAGCGUGCGAGGCGACCCUGAUAGCUACCUCUCUGUUGUUGAAGCUCUAGAAGAGCAACUUAGGCAAUGGGAAUCCGAUCUACCCGAGUCACUCAAAUUGGCCGAGGACGCAGCUUUGGACAUUCAAAUGCUGGCACCGCUAUUCAUGCGCACGUAUGUGCUCGAAGUUCGCUUAUCUCUGCGCCACCCCGGCGUGGCCAUGACAACAGACAAGCAAGUAAUCGCAGAUAAUACUCGCAUAUGUGCUGAGAUUGGACGGGAAUUUCUUCACGUUGCGCAAAUGAUUCAGCAACUCAAGUGCUUGGAUACAACGUGGUACACGGUCUCGUUUGCCUCUGCAUGCAUAUUUGCCAUGUUGGUCGCCCAGUGGGAGAAGAGAUUCGAAACAACAGAGGAAGACUUUGCCUCUCUGCAAAAAGACAUGUCUAGCUGGAUGUCCAUCUUGGACGACAUUGGUGAGAUUCUUGGCGCUAAAACGAGCAUCGCGGAUGAAAUUCGGCAAAUCAUGGAACGGACACUCGGCUGGAUUCGACAUGAUAUGGACCACAGAGAUGACAAUAGGACGACACGCGCAAAGUCGGCUUCUGGCAAGGGCAAGCCAUUGCCCAAGUCUCAGGCAAAGGGUCGGCGCCGCUCUGAUUCUCUACCAAGGAAGCAACCGCAGAAGCCAACGCAACCACAACUCGGGGACAGCUCCCUUGUCGCUCCACAGGCUACCCAACACGUUCAACCGCAGGCAAUGGCCCUUGAACCAAUUGUCACCCAAGCCCCAGCUGCUGGUGUGAGCGCCACUAACCCAGAUGUCCCGAGUAACGGAUACUAUCGCGAGCAACAGAUGGCCACGCAGCCAAACUACCAAACUAUGGCAUACGGUGCGGCCCACCAGCAGACCAUGAGCCCUGACGGCUACCAGGCCGAUGCGUCGAUGUUGUAUAGCAACCCAGCUACGAGCGUCGCAUCGAUGGCGGAUUCUUCGGUUUCCGAGAACCCUUUGAUUGCAUUUGCAUCACAGGCGACCCAACAAAUGCCGCCUGGUGCCGAGGCUGAUUACAUGUGGACUGGCCGCGGGAGCUCUUGGCAGGACUGGACGGCCGCAAUCGCAGACAGGAACGACCGCUACAGCGCAAGUGCUUUGUUGACGCUGGGAGGCGGCGCGAUGCAGCCUCAGAGCAACCAGCCCAUGGACUCGGCAUUCAUCAUGAGCCACGGCAACUCAUUGGAGCAGCAGGCCGGUGGCAUUCAAGCGGCCCAGCCUGGACAGACGUGGCCAAUUAUGAUGUUUGACAAUAAUAACAACCCUGCAACGUCGUGA